CGAAUGGACCAAUCAGAGCGCGUCGUGGCCUCAUCCCGGAAGUAAACUCUAAAAACACACACACACACACAAAAAAUCAGCCCGGAGUGGACAGUGGACACGUGAAACAGGUGAAAGUGAACCAUGUCCCUCACGGUGCUCACUCACGCAUGCAGACUGAGGAGUUUACGCCGGCUGCAGAGGAUCCAGAGCCACAUGAUGUCGUCCCAGCCUGAGCCCGAGGUGCUGCUGCAGAGAGUGGGCCGGGCCGGAGUCAUCACAGUGAACCGACCCAAAGUCCUCAACGCGCUCAACCUCAACAUGAUCCGAAGCAUUUACCCACAACUCAAAAAAUGGGAGGCGGAGAGCGACACGGACCUGGUGAUCAUCAAAGCUGUGGGAGGAAAGGCGUUUUGUGCUGGAGGAGACAUCAGAGCUGUGACAGAGGCUGGGAGAGUGGGCGAUCCUCUGGCUGAAGACUUCUUUAGGGAAGAGUACAUCCUGAACCACGCCAUCGGCACUUGUAAAAAGCCGUACGUGGCCCUGAUCGAUGGCAUCACCAUGGGAGGGGGCGUGGGGCUGUCGGUGCACGGGCGUUUCAGAGUCGCCACCGAGAAGACGCUGUUUGCGAUGCCCGAAACUGGGAUCGGCUUGUUCCCGGAUGUCGGAGGAGGGUACUUUCUCCCGAGGCUGCAGGGAAAACUGGGAUUGUUUUUGGCUCUAACCGGAUUCCGACUCAAAGGCAGAGACGUGCACCGGGCCGGAGUCGCCACGCACUUUGUGGACUCCAACAAGAUGCCUGAUUUGGAGCGGGAGUUGGUGAAGUGCGUCUCCGUGGAAGACGUCGGUGAAGUGUUGGACUCGUAUCAAAAACAGAGCAGCUCGGGCUCAGACAAACCUUUCGUCUUGGAGAAGAACAUCGCCGACAUCCACAGGCUGUUCAGCGCUGACAGUGUGGAGGGAAUCAUGCACAGUUUGAACGCAGACGGCUCCGAGUUUGCAGUAAAACAGGCUGAGACUCUGUCGCGGAUGUCGCCCACCUCUCUGAAGAUGACGUUCAAACAGCUGCAGCUGGGGGGCGCUCUCAGCCUGAAGGACGUGCUGAUCAUGGAGUACCGCCUCUCUCAGGCCUGCAUGAGAGGUCAUGACUUCUACGAGGGCGUGAGAGCAGUGCUGGUGGACAAAGACCAGAGUCCACGCUGGAGUCCCGCGUCUCUGGACCAGGUCUCGGAUCAGGACGUGGACCGGUGCUUCGACUCCCUGGGACCCAAAGACCUGGUUUUAUGAGCGACAUCCGGGAUCUGAACACGCCUUGGACUAACAGAAGCACUUUGAACACGGACUCAAAAAACGGCGAGCUUUUUUUUUUACGCCGUUUGAACGUUUCUUUGUCAAAUACAUACUUGAUUUAGCGCUCAACUGGAAAGAAUAUUGUGAUUUUUCUGUAGUACAAGUAAAAGAUUCACCGAUCCAAUACUGGUAUCGGAUAUUUCGGCUUCUAAAUAUCUGGUUGCACAUGUAAAUCGUCUCAGAAUGUUCCAACUUUUAUUCACGUAAAGUUAUUCUGUCUACAUAAAAUGUUCGGAUCAGUUCUGCCUGUUUUUUUUGUUUGUUUGUUUUAAAGAAAUAAACACACAA